AGGCUGCGCUGGGCUCGAGCUCGGGCUCCGCGGGCGGAAGAGGCGGCGGCGGCAGCAGAAGCAGCGGCGGCGGCGGGAGCCGAAGAGGAGGCUCCGGACUCUGGUCAGGAACCCGGGACCCGGGAGUGCCCGCUCCCUGAGCGCUCAGCCCCGGAGGCGUCAUGGCCGAGUACGGGACCCUUCUCCAGGACCUGACCAACAACAUCACCUUUGAAGAUCUGGAGCAGCUCAAGUCAGCCUGCAAGGAGGACAUCCCCAGCGAGAAAAGUGAGGAGAUCACUACUGGAAGUGCCUGGUUUAGCUUCCUGGAGAGCCACAACAAACUGGACAAAGAUAACCUCUCCUACAUUGAGCAUAUCUUUGAGAUCUCCCGCCGUCCUGAUCUGCUCACUAUGGUGGUUGACUAUCGGACUCGUGUGCUGAAGAUCUCUGAGGAGGAUGAGCUGGACACCAAGCUAACCCGUAUUCCCAGUGCCAAAAAAUACAAAGAUAUUAUCCGGCAGCCCUCUGAGGAAGAGAUCAUCAAACUCGCCCCCCCACCGAAGAAGGCCUGAGCAAGGGGGAGGAAGAGGAGGUUGGACCUUCAUCAGACCGCUCCCUUCCCUCACCCUCCAGGAGAGGGGCAAGGACACCCUCCCCAACCCAUCUACCCACUUACUAACCUGGUCCUAAACCCCCGUCUGUGCGCGUGUGUGUGCGUGUGCGCACGCUCUGGCUGUGUCUGUAUGUCUAGCUCAUCUAGGUCCUCCUCCCUGUGAGGGCGUGGGGGUCAGGUUGGGGUCUUAGUUUCCCCACUCUAGGAAGAGGUGGGGGCAGUUUCUAUGCAAAUAGAAAUUGGCACAUUCCCCCUACUUCCCUUUCCUCCACUUUCCCUCCACAUUUCUAAAGUGUGGAAACAGAAAGGACCGGUGUUUUCCUCCAACGAAGACCUGAGGGACGAGGCAUGAGGUGGGUGGAAUGAAGGAAAAUCAGUGGGGAGGGAAGGCGAAGAGGCCACCUAAGCUGCUCGCCCCAUAGAGGCAGCAAGGAAAAGCCAGAGAUCAGUGUUUGUAACUCCAUGCUAGACUGGCUGAAGAUUUCAUGGUUUCCAGCUGUUCCUCAGGUUGGAGGGCCUCGGUACCAGCAGAUCCCUUUUUGCUCCCCUUUCAUGGGCCUAGGAUGGUAUGAGCUAGGGAUCUAAUGAGAGAAGAUGAGUGGAUCCUAUCCUGGCCCAAAAUCAAGCCCCAUGGAGCACCCAACGUUAGACCCUUUCCCUCACAUCCAUUAUUCCCCUCUCCCCAUCCCCCCCACUUAACCUCUGUUUUGGAGAGACUAUGCUGGGAAUAUAUUCCACUGAGCCUGAGAUGGGGAUAAGGACAGAGAAGGGUCCCCCUUUCCACUCCUUUAUCUCUACUCAAGACUUGUACAUACUGACCUUGAAUCUGAGGUUAGGGAAUAGAGAUCUUUAAGUUUUAACCCUAAUCCUGCCCUCAUCUCCAGGGUCCUGAUGUGGUUACCGCAGGCAAACUUCCCUCUCCCUGGUCUAGAACACCCCAGCCUAGAAAGAAGGGAAGAAGUUAAUUAUGACGUUUUCCUUUGCACUGAUCCCUGUCCCAAUUCAAUCCAGACGAGGUUUGUAACUCCUUUCCCCUAAUAUCCUGGCCCCUUGGGCUUCUGGACACCUCCUAGCCAAAUCACUAGAGUAUAAUGAGUGACCCCGGCCUCCUGCCUGUCCUAUAAUGUCCUUCCCCACCCCGACCGUGCUAACUGUGUGUACAUAUAUAUUCUACAUAUAUGUAUAUUAAACCUGCACUGCCAUGUUUGCCCCUUUUUUGUGGUGUCUAGCAUUAACUUAUUGUCUAGGCCAGAGUGGGGGUGGGAGGGGAAUGCCACCGUAAAGGGAGUGGAGAGUGAAAUUGUUAACAGUCAAAACAAAAAGGAAAGCUUAUUUAAAAAAAAACUAAAUUCACAUUCAAUCUCAGAGACUAUUUAGAGAAAGUUUAAGUUAGGAGCUUUUAGGAUGUGGGAGCAAAACUUUGGUGGGAGGGGAGAGCAAGCUGCUGGAAGAGGGAAGAAGCCAGACUGGUUUGAGAACAUCCUCUACUCCUAGUCCAGCCCAGCCUGCCUAUCUCCUCUGGCCACUGUUGCAGACACCUGCCUUAACACACACACCUUGACUACUCCACAGUUUUGCCUUAAAAGGACCUUCCCAAGUUUCCCCAGCCCUGUCUGGCUUCUCCCUUAAAGAGAGAAUACUUGCAGAAUCUCUACAAGGGGAGGGGAAAAUAGGCGUAAACUUUCCUUCCAUUUGGGAUGUUAUACGAGAGUAAGAGCGAGUGAGUAAGAAUGCAAAAAGAAUAGAGAGUCUUCCUGUGAGGAGAGGAUGAGAUGGGAGAAGAGACAGGGUCAUUUUCAGCAGAGUCUAGUAGUUUCUCUGUAAGGCAAAAUAAUCUAAAAGGACUAACCUGUGCUCCCCUACCCCUUCUACUGCUGUGAGAUUGCCCCUAUCCUGUGCUCCUCUGUCUGCAGUGUGCACGGCCUUGUUCUAACCCUGGAAUAAAGGUGAUUGAUUGUAUGGUA